CCCUACUCGCCCUAAUAAAGAUGGCGGCAGCGACGGCUUUCCAGGACUGCCGGGUCGCUCCGCGCGCGUGCGCGGGAGGGCAGCGAGGCGACGGUUGCCGCAGCAGGGGCCAGGCCGAGGAUGGCGGAAGGGGGCUCGGCCGACACAGGCUCGCCGGGCAGCCUGCGGCCAGGGGUCCCUGGGGCACGGGGGCUGCUUGGUAGGCGUCCCGCCGGUCCCCCCCUCAGCCCUGGCCGCCUGCCCUCCAUCCGCUCCCGAGACCUCACUCUGGGAGGUGUGAAGAAGAAAACCUUCACUCCCAAUAUAAUUAGCAGGAAGAUCAAGGAAGAGCCCAGAGAAGAAGUCUCCAUCAAGAAAGAGAAGAAGCAACGGGACCAGGACAGGCAGCGUGAUGGGCAUGGCCGGGGCCGGGGCCGGCCAGAGGUUAUACAGUCACACUCCAUCUUUGAGCAAGGCCCUGCUGAAAUGAUGAAGAAGAAAGCAGGCUCCUGGGACAAGACAGUGGACGUGUCCGACUUUGGUCCUUCUCACAUCAUCAACAUUAAGAAGGAAAAGAGAGAGACAGACGAGGAGACAAAGCAGAUCUUGCGGAUGCUGCAGAAGGAUGAUUUCCUCGAUGAUCCAGGGUUGAAGAAUGACAUCCGUAACAAGCCGGUGCAGCUGCCGCUGGCCCACUCGGGCUGGCUCUUCAAGGGGGAGGCGGCGGAGCAGGAGGACUCCCAGCCCUGGUUGCCGGGCCCGAAGGAGGAGAAGAUAGAACUGGACCUCCCAGUAGUGAAAGUGAAAGAAGAACCGUGCGACGAAGACCCUGUCCCCAAGCUGGCAGAACACAAGGGACCCUCUGGUUUCGCCCAGGACGUUUCGGUGGCUGAGCUGCUGCAGCGUCUGAGCCUGUCGGCCGAGGAGGAACUGCUUUUCCUGCAGCUGCCUGACACGCUGCCUGGCCAGCCGCCCACCCAGGAUACUAAACCUAUCAAGACAGAGGUGCAGAAUGAGGAUGGGCAAGUGGUCAUGGUGAAGCACGACAAGAGCCAGCAGGAGGCGAGGCAGGCGGAGAAUACCUGCACCCUGGCUGACCUUCCUGAGGGGCAGGUGGGGAAACUGCUCAUCCGCAAGUCAGGGAAGGUGCAGUUGGUGCUGGGCAAGGUGACUCUGGAUGUGACCAUGGGCACCCCCUGCUCCUUCCUCCAGGAGCUGGUGUCAGUUGGCAUCGGCGAUAACCGGAUGGGCGAGAUGAUCGUCUUGGGCCACGUCAAGCACAAGCUGGUGUGUUCCCCAGACUUUGAAGCUCUGCUGGAGCACCGGCACCGGUAGCAGGGCGGGGGCAAGCUCCUCGUCCCACAGCCUAUGGGGACGGAACCCCGUGCAGCUCGUGGACCCUGCAGCACUCCGGCUCUGCCCUCGGCCCCUCCAACCUUGGCUUUGGGAUGCAGGGGUGCCUUCUGCAGGCAUGGGCGCAGGGAUGGCUUUUACCUCCUUCCUAACCCUACCGUGGAGCAGCACCGGGGCUGGAGGCUGCAGCUUUACUCUCAGCCUCACUGCCCUACCUGUGGAAAACAGACAGGGGCCACGGCUGCCUCCAUCUCGAGGAUUUACAGAGGUAUGGGACUCUGGUAUUCCCUCUCUCUCUCCAGCAGCUGCCCUCACAUGCACAUGCUAAGGGAGAGCAGGAUACAAGGCUCAGGGGAGAAGUUUGCAAUAAAACCUCUUUCCCCACCCCCGACCUUGUGUCGAGCUGCUUUGUGUCGUCCUCUUCCGCCCUGUGCCACCUGCCCGACCGGUUGCUGCCAGCGGCCUUACCCAACUUCUGGAUUGGCUGAAGUAGGGGAGAGCGAGGGGAGGCUAUUCGGAUAGAAAACUAGCCAGGAAACAGUUCAGUGGAGUGGCGCAUAAUGAAAGUGUCAGAUGAUAGGAGGGGGCCAGGGGCACAUGCCCUUUCUGGCCUAGAACUGGCUACCUGGCCAAGGGUGUGCUCACAGAUCUUUUCACUCAGACUUUUUUUGGUCAUUAGCAAGGCCAUGUCCUUCCUGUGAUGACUUCUAUCCAUUUGUUGUUUGCCAACCCUACAGAUAAGUGAUUUCUGGGUAGCUGGUGAGAUGCUUAAUCAUUGGGUGGCUGCCAUUCACGUGCUUUAAGGUUUUUUGCAUAAAGAGCUACUGUCUUCUGUGAUCAAGGGAGGAGUUACACAGGGUACACACACCAGGGUAUCCUGUGGGUCUACCUACGCAGCCACGGAGAGGACGUGAGAAAGUGUAACAGAAAGAUCAUUUUGUCCCUAUAGGAACAGGUAGGUGAGUUACAAGCGAAAGCAGAAAUAAAAGGGGAUUCAUCAUGGAAGAAUGCUGCUCCGGAGCCACUCAUGCAACAGCAGUUGUAAUGACUGCUUAGGGUCCAGAGGAUUGGGUUUCAGCUGGAUUUGGUUCAGUAUCGGGGUUACAGCUCUAUUAGGAACGGCACCAGCGAGAGGAGCGUAUGUAAGAGCAGAACCAGCAGAGGGGCGCUCUUUCUUUUUUCUCUUCCCCCACCAGACCGGACGGAGCAUCGGAGCUUUCCUACAAGCGACUGCCAGGGGUGCCGUGGACUCGUGGUGGUGACUAUCAUACCUUUUCCCUCUUUGUCUCCCUCUCAUUCUUUUCUUUGCUUCUCCCACUUUCUAUUGUUGAUUGUUGUGGGUAAAAUAAAGUAGUUCAGCACUCAACUCCCCAACCAACUUGUCAGGAGCUUACAGUAAACAAUUUGCUUUGUGACCAGAGACAUUUUUGAGAAGGGAUUCUCACAGGGCCUAAUUCUGUUCUGUCAUUCUAUCCUCUUUGGGACAUAGCUCCACUGCAACACGGGUGGUACAGACUAAAAGCGUGGAAACUAAAGCAUGUUAUGCAGGGGGAGUUGAAAAGAAUUACUUAAACUAUAAACAAGGGUGUGAAGUGUUGGAAUAGACAGAUCUCUCAUUUUAUAUAUAAAGGGCACGGGGCCUCAGAGCAGACUCACCGCUGGCAUUUCUGCCGGACGCAAAGGCACAACCAUUCACCAUCUCCUUUGUGCCUCGGGCCACGUUUCCAGCUGCCGGGCUCAGGGUGAGCGGCUGUGGUUGGGUCUGGGCGAGAGGGUGAAGUGCUGCGGGGCCGAAGCCCUGGCCUUCUGUUCCCAAAGAACAGAACCCGGGCUGCUUAGAUUUCUGUUCUGCGUUAUCCAUUGUAGUUCACUGAUUCUAAUUUUCAGUGUUUUUAUUAUUUCCUUAGUCAUCUUUGCCUUUAAAUUUGUCUGUUGCCUUGUAUUCAUUUGCUGUCUUUGCUCUGUUUUCCUUUUCCCUUGCCUUUCCUUGUUUUUUUUUUCUUUCUAGAUUCAUUUUAGUUUCUGAUCCCAUUUCAUAACCUUUUCCCUUUAUUUCCCUAAUACCCAUUGAUUUUAUUUGUUCCUUCUGUGCCUGCUUUUGUUCCCUUUGCCACUCCUAAUUUUCUUCCUUAUUUAUAUUGAAGCUGUUAAAUGAGUGUGACCAAGUGAACAAAGGUUUAAAACUACUGACUUUCAUGGCAACCAUAUGCUCGGUCUGUAGAAGAAUCAAGGUGAAAAACAAAUGCAUCUAAUGACCCUCAGAUACUUCUCCAAACUAACUCUUUCUUCCCUAAUCUAAGAAGUCGUAAAUAGUGAUGGACCACGAGGUAUUUUUGCAGACAGCCACCAGCAACGGGAAGAGAAAGAUAACUGGGUGGUGAAGCUGCUUGAAGGUAACAACAAAAGGAGUGCCUGUGCUGAAGCGAGCAGAAUCCAGGAGUUCAUCCAGCAGCUAACUGAGGAAGACCCCCUAGAGGAAGGAAAUGACCACCACUGUGACUGCAAAAAUGCGAAAUAGAUGCAAGUUGGCAAUGAAAGACCGUGAAGUAAUGAACUGUAAAGGUGUAAAAAUAGACAUGUUUAUAGUGAAGUUGAAUGUUCACGUUUUGACAUAUAAAAGAAGUAUACUUCAGUCUUUCCGCACGCACGUUUGGCGGAAGGAUCCUCCGAGCAUCCGGCGCCGCAUUAAAGAAUACCUGCUUCAUAA